GGUGACAGCAGCCGCGCACAUUCUGCCCUGCGGGCACUGUGGGCUCUGCACCGCAUGAUCCACCCUGCUGUUGGAGAGCAGUGGAGGGUCAAGAUUCCCAUCCUGCUCUCGACUAUUGAAGCUUCAGGAAAUCCUGAGACCUCCCAGGACAAUGUGUGGUGGGAGCACCUGCUGCUGAAGUUCCUGAACAUGACACUGAAGAGCAUUGCUGACGAUGCCUGGAGCAGUCAGCUGAGCCUGGAGCUGCAGCACCAGACAGCCAGUUAUGCCUGCUCCUCCCCGGAGAAGAGUUUCCUAUAUAAGGCACUUGGUACCACUUUGGCCUCUUGCCAGGAUGUUGCCCAUGUGAAAUCCCAGCUCCAGAAAUCUCUGAAGGGCACAGAUUACAUGAACGCUUCUGAGAGAGAGCACGUUGUGACCAUCCUGGCAUUCUCAGCCGAGGGCCACCUGGACCUCACCCUGGGCACAAUGGAGGACUUUGGUGCGGCUCUGAGUAAAGUGCAGGUGUCUGGGAUAGUCGGCCGCCUGCAGGACUAUCACCAAGGGAAAAGAGCCAGGACCCACAGGGCCUUGAUACUGGCCUACAGCCGAAUUGCUGUCCAUGCCCCCCGAACACAGCUGCUCCCCCGCGUGGAGCAUGAUCUCACCAGGAAGGUCCUGCAGUAUUACAUGACCAGCUGCCAGGUGCUUGGCAUCAACUUUGUCAAUAAGGACUUCAUGAAAGAGGAACCAAUGGAUUCCUUGGCCUCUCAUGUUCGCCUCAGGGCCAUGCUUGCCAUUAAGCACCUGAGCAAGGUGAAACCCUCACUAAAUCGGGAUGAGAACAGAAACAUCCUGGAUGACUGCUUAAAAUGCCUGCUGCCUCUUCCAGCUGUUCAGCAGCUGAGGGAAGAGGAAUGGUUCUGGGUUUUGUGA